UUUUUGAUCGAAACCUCGUGGUCGACGUAGGCAACUCGUUUCGGUCGCCGUGAUGGGAGAAAACGUGUGCAUCAGGCCGCUGGCCACGGUUUACGCCGAAUCUAAUGAAGCAUCCGGGACCAGUGCCGGUAUGCCGGCGGUUUUCAGGGCUCCAAUCAGGCCGGAUCUGAUUUCGUUCGUUCAUCACCAGCUCCUGAAGAAUAAACGUACUCCCUAUGCUGUGUCGAAGGAAGCUGGCCAUCAAACAUCGGCUGAGUCGUGGGGUACGGGUCGUGCUGUAGCUCGUAUACCCCGUGUGCGCGGCGGUGGUACUCACCGAUCUGGUCAGGGAGCUUUCGGCAACAUGUGCCGAGGAGGUCGCAUGUUUGCUCCGACCAAAACAUGGAGAAGGUGGCACCGUCGUGUCAACGUUACUCAGCGCCGGCACGCAGCCGCUUCUGCGGUAUCUGCAUCGGGCGUUACAGCCCUCGUCAUGGCGAAGGGUCACGCAGUCGAGCAAAUCAAUGAGCUGCCGCUCGUGGUCGCGGACAAGGUCCAGGAUUACCAGAAGACGAAACAAGCCGUGAACCUGCUCAAGAGCUUGAAAGCAUGGUCUGAUGUUGAGAAAGUCUACCAAUCGAAGAGGCUGCGACCUGGUAAAGGCAAGAGGAGGAAUCGUCGCUACAAGAAGAAGUGUGGACCGUUGGUCGUUUACGAGAAAGACAACGGUAUCGUUCGUGCGUUCCGAAACAUCCCGGGCGUGGAUACCUGCAACGUGAACUCACUCUCAAUCUUCAAACUUGCUCCCGGAGGCCAUGCCGGUCGUUUCAUCAUCUGGACUGAGGCUGCCUUCCGUAAGCUGAACGAUAUCUUCGGCACCUUCAGUAAGGCAUCGAAAGUGAAGAAGGCCUACAAGCUGCCCAGGGCCAUGAUGACGAUUACGGACAUCGGACGUCUGCAGAAGUCCGAGGAAAUCCGCGCAGCCUUCCGUAAGAGCUCCGCGAAAUCCAUCAUCAUCUCGAAGAAAGAGAAACCGAAUCCGCUGAAGAACCCUUACUUGCUGGAUAGGCUGAAUCCUUUCGCGAUCGUGGAGAAAAGGAGUCGCAUCCUCAAGCUCAAGGAAGAGGCUGGGAAGAACCUCAAGAAGCCGCGUGCCCUCGAGAAGAUGAAGGCCACCAAGAGGAUUUUCAAGAAGAUGAACGCUUCCGAGAAGACCAAACUGAAGCGAUUGUCAAACGUCUUCCCGAAAAACCGUGGUGCGAAAAGCAAGAAGGGUGGGAAGAAGGUUGCCCGCGCAACCAAGUGAAAGCGUCCUACGAUCGUUCUUGGAGUAUUCCUGUUUGGAAACAGAUCUCUAAUAAAUGACGUUGACGCUCAUAU